AAUUCUACAGCACAAGGUACUCAUAGGGAGAAUCCCAAACAGACGUCGGUGACAGAACAAGCGACCAGUCAAAAUCAGACGCCGGGGAUAGAACAGGCGACUGGUCAAACCAAUCAUACCUCUUCUUCAAUUUCUUCAUUAUCUGUCGAACAAUUGCAAGAUAUGAUAACAAAUACAAUCCGAGCUCAAUAUGGUGGUGUCUCACAGAGCACUCUCAUGUACUCAAAGCCCUAUACAAGGAGUUUGUGGUGUAAGAAUUAAAGUAGUUCAACUGGACUGAAUCUUACGCAAUUACGGUUUGAAAUUUUCGAUUUGGAAAAAAUUUGAGAAAAGAGUAAUUGGGAUCAAUUGUUGAGGUAAAAAUACAUAUACUAACCCUUAUAACACGUAAUCAUAUGGUUUUUUUUUUUUUUAUAAUUUUGUUUGAGUAGCAUGUUAUGUGUAUAUAUUUUAAUUUUUGUUGAAUUGUUUUAACCGAGAGAUUAUUUUGAGUUUUAAAUUUUAUUUUAAUUUCAAUAAAAAAAAGGUAUACUCUUUAUAAUUUGUAUAACGAAUAAUGUAUAAAAGUGUUAUUCCUAGCAAAAGAAAAGCAGGACUUGCUGACUUGACGAUGAUAACAUCAUAUUGAGGAUAUUGAGGGGGUGUCGUUAAUCGACUCCAUUAGAUACUCGAUCACUACCGAGACAAUUUUUUUUCCGGCCAAGCACACGGUUAGUUUAAGUUACCAUGGCAUCCUAAGACAGAUCAAAGAGGUUAAAAUUAGCAAGAGUCUGAAAUGGCAUCCUAAGAGAAAAAUGAGUGAUGGAGAUCAAAAAUCCAUAUUGAUUGUCCGUAAAUGGUUGUCUGAUUUUCCAUCUACUACUUUUCCCAUGUGCUAUGAAUUAUUUUCUCCACCUGUAAUUUCCACUGGCUCUACCCUUUUCGUAAAGUUUGUCCAAAACAAAGACUUCUGAAAUUUUUAGUCAAUCAUCUCUUGAAUUUGAUUAGUUGCAAAAUCCAUUUUGAUCAUUCAAUUGCUCAAUCUUUCACAAACUUACCCAUCUCCUUCUUCCUUCGUUUAUUGCUAAUUUGUUUCGCAAACCAUUCAUGGAGGUUGUAGGGGUCUUUCUCGGGCCGAUCUUUGAGGUGCUGCUUGACAAAUUGGCCUCUGGCGCGGUGUCGGACUAUGCCCGUCGAGAGAGAAUUCAUCAUCAGUUGAAGAAGUUGGAGAAAAUGUUGCCUGAUAUUCGUGCUGUUCUCGCUGACGCAGAGCAGAAAAAGAAAGCUGAUGGAGUCAAAUCGUGGAUGGAUGAUCUCACGGACUUGACUUUGGAUUUGGAUGAUUUGUUGGACGAGUUGGAUACGAAUGCUUCGCGACUGGAGCUGGAGCAGAUCAUGCGGCCAGAAUCUGAAGCUAGCAGCAGCAGUACUAGUAAAAAGGUACGAAAGCUCAUCCCAACUUGUUUCACUUGCUUCACUCCUCCCAGUGCUCCUAAGCUUCGACGCAAUAUGAUGUCCAAAGUAGAGGAAAUCACCACCAGAUUUGAAGAUAUUGAAGACCGAAAGAAUUUGCUAAAUUUGAUAAUGAAUGUAGGAGAGAAUAGGCCCGUGAGAGGAGGAGAAAGGCCAGAGACGACUUCUUUGGUUGUCAACACUCACGUUUAUGGCAGAGAGAAUGAGAAGGAGGCUAUACUUGAAUUGUUGUUGGAGGAGGAUGAAUCCGCUAGUGUUUCUGUCAUUCCCAUUGUGGGCAUGGGAGGUAUUGGUAAGACGACUCUGGCUCAACUGGUCUACGAUGAUGAACGUCUAAAGGGUUUUUUUGUUCCCAAGGCGUGGGUCUGUGUUUCUGAUGAUUUUGAUGUUUUUAGAGUGACAAAGGCCAUUCUUGAUGCGGUCACUUCAGAAACUGAUAAGUCGGAGACUCUAAAUAAGCUUCAAGAGAAACUUAAAGAGCAAUUGUCAGGGAAAAAGUUUCUUCUUGUUUUGGAUGAUGUUUGGACAGAGAAGUAUGAAGACUGGGAGCUCUUACAACGUCCUUUUAUGUUUGGGGCACCUGGGAGCAAAAUUAUUGUCACAACUCGUCAUGAAAACGUUGCAUUAACCAUGAGUCUGUCUCCGGGUUACCCUCUAAAAGAGUUGUCCAAAGACGAAUGUCUAUCUUUACUUGCUUAUCAUGCACUCAGCAGCCAAAACUUUGAUGCACAUCCACAUCUCAAAGGAAUUGGUGAGCAAAUAGUGAGGAAAUGUAAAGGCUUGCCUUUGGCAGUUAAAUCACUUGCGGGCCUCUUGCGCACUAAGCCACCACGCCAAAGUGAGUGGGUAGAUGUGUUGGAUAGCGAGAUAUGGGAACAAAAAAGUAAUAUUUUUCCGGCUCUUAUGUUAAGCUAUCGUCAUCUCCCAUCUCAUUUGAAGCAAUGCUUUGCUUACUGUGCGAUACUUCCAAAAGACUAUGAGGUUGACAAAGAUGAGCUAGUUUUGUUGUGGAUGGGGGUAGGUCUUUUGCCGAAAUCAACUGUAAAGAAGGACAUGGAAGAUGUUGGCCGUAAAUAUUUUGAUGAUUUAUUAUCAAGGUCAUUUCUUCAACAAUCAAGUGACAGUAAAUCACUGUUUGUGAUGCACGACCUUCUAAAUGAUCUAGCUUUACAUGUCGCCGGUGAUAUAUGCUUUAGAUUGGAUAAGUUGGAAGGUGAUGAGCAAAUUGAAAUUCCUAAACGAGCUCGGCAUUUGUCAAUUGUUCGUCAAAGAUUUGGAGUCCUUCAAAAGUUUGGGUCUCUUCAUAAAGGGCAACAUUUGCGAACUUUUCUACCGUUAUUGGGACUUGGUGGAGUGUACUUAGCAAAUGAGGUUUUGCUUGAUUUAUUUUCGAAGUUACAAUGUGUAAGGGUGCUGUCAUUGUCUAAUUAUGACAUAACCGAGCUACCGGACUCGAUUGGUGAGUUGAAACAUUUGAGGUAUCUUAAUUUAUCUGGGACUUCAAUCAGACGGUUACCUGAAUCGGUGAGUAAUCUAUACAAUUUACAAACACUAUUGUUGCACAAUUGCAUGGAUCUUUGUAUGUUGCCUUCAAACAUUGGAAAUUUAAUUAACCUACGCCAUCUUGACGUUACUCUGACUGGUCUGUACUUAGAGACCGGUAGAUUUGAUGGGACUGGUAUGUGCUCAGGAAUUGAUAGAUUGACGAAUUUGCAAACAUUGUCCCAUUUUGUUGUGGGCAAACAUAAUGGGCCAAGACUAAAGGAGUUGAAGAAUCUGGGACUUUUACGGGGAAGUAUUUCUAUUACAGAGUUGCAAAAUGUAUCAGAUGUUCAAGAUGCAAAUGAAGCAAAAUUAAGGACUAAGCAGAACAUUGAAGAAUUAGAGUUGGCAUGGUGUGAAAGAAAUUUCAAUGAUUUUCAAAAUGAAAACCUUGAAAUGAAUGUACUUGGCAUGCUACAACCUCAUAAAGACUUGAAAAGGCUCAAAAUUGAGUUCUAUGGGGGUACAAAUUUUCCAAGUUGGAUAGGCGAUCCAUCAUUCUCCAAAAUGGUGAAUUUGUCUCUUGUGAACUGUCCAAAAUGCAAAAUUUUACCACCACUUGGGCAACUACCCAACCUCAAAGAGCUAUGCAUUCAAGGCAUGACUGAAUUACAAAAAUUGGGGGUUGAGUUCUGCGGGGAUCGUUUUCCCCCUUUUCCAUCACUGGAGACUUUGAGAUUUGGGUCCAUGCCUGCAUGGGACGAAUGGGAUUGUUCUAUUAGCGUUGGAAAAGCUGGAAAACUACAAUUCCCAUGCCUCCGUGAGCUCGAAAUAUAUGGUUGUCCAAAGUUGAUUAGGAUUUCACUUUUAAGGCUUCCCUCUCUUCGAACAUUAUUCUUGCAACAGUGUGAUGAGGCGGUGCUAAAAAGUAUUGUUGAUGUGACCUCACUAACCAGUUUGAAUGUUACGAGUAUUACAGGGCUUCUUCAUCUUGAUGAAGCAUUCGUGAAGUACCUGGGAGCACUUGAGAGUCUUACAUUCAGUGGAUGCAACCAACUGGUGGCUUUUUGGCAAAACGGUGGGAGGGUUAGACAGAAAAAUAAUCUUCUCCAUCUAAAGAGUCCGAGUGUUGAUUGGUGUCCCCGACUUGUUUCCUUUGGUGAAGAAUUAGAUGAAGGGCUGCCUUGCAUUAAUCUUCAGGAAUUGUAUAUAAAUGAAUGUGUGAAUUUUGAGAUGUUGCCAAAUGAGCUGCAUGGCCUCACGUCCCUCACAUCAUUGAAGAUAUAUCAGUGUCCAAAACUUGUGGAGUUUCCAAAGACAGGUGUCCCACCAAUGCUCAAAAAACUUCGACUAUGGGGAUGCAAUGCAUUGAAGUCCGUGCCGGACGGCAUCUGUGGUGUUGAACGGUUGGGUAUUUUUAAUUGUUCAUCAUUGAGGUCUUGGCCUACCGAGACGUUACCCACCGCCCUUAAAGUGCUUGAAAUUAGUGAUUGUAUGAAUUUGGAGUACUUCCCGGAGGUGUCAGAGACGACGAUGAUGCUACAGCAGCAGCAGGAUAUUCAUACUAUUAAUAUGUCAUCACUUCAAGAGGUACAAAUCUUGGGAUGGCCGAAGGUUGGAAUGUUACUACUUGGGAUUGGGGGGUGCGUAAAUAAUAGUAAUAAUAAUUUCGCUAGUCUUCGUAGACUGUGGAUAAGAAGUUGCAAUGUUGUGGAGUGCUUGUCCUUCUCCGAAAGAGGCUUACCCAACCUCAGUGAACUACUUAUAAUCAAUUGCGUGAAUCUCCAAUCCUUCGCUGCUACCACCAACCUGAUUCUUCCAAGCCUCCAAUCCCUUCGAAUCGAGUAUUGUGAAAAACUGGAGUCCAUCCCGGAAGGAGGAGUCCGCUUGUCCACCCCCAAACUCAGAUUGCUGCGUAUCACCCAUUGUUCAAAUCUGACGUCGUUGCCAAUUUUUGAUCAGAUUCUUCAAAGCCUCGCAUCACUUGUAAUCAGACACUGCUCAAAUCUGACGUCGUUGCCAAAUUUUGAUCAGAUUCUUCAAAGCCUUAAAACCAUAGAAAUAUAUAAUUGUCCAUUUCUUGAUUCCUACCUUCAAGGGAUUGGGAAUGGGAAUUUGCCCCCCAAUCUUAUUCAAUUUGAUACCGGCUAUUCUCGCGGACUCAAAUCUCGUUGACAGAUAUCCCAGACCCUUGCCUAGGGAAGGGCUGCCUUCCACGCUUCACAGUCUUCGGACCCAGGACAGAGGAGUUGACAAAAUAUGCGUGCAGCAGGCUACCAUUUCUUGAUAUUGAAGACGUGAAAUUUUUUGGCAAUCUAGGAUGGGUUAGCUGCUUGUCUUAAGAUUGGCGAUGAGGCUUGAACUUGCAACCAAAAUCCCAGAGUUCUAUUCUUCAAGGUGAAUAACAUUCUGAAAAUUGUGAGAUGUUGUAUAACAUUAUGAUGUUGUAUGUAUAUGCGAUGGAGUUGGUGGAGUUCUAUGAUUUAUGGGUGCCGGGGAAGAAGAUUGUGUAUGGUUUAUGAAUGUGUUAAGGAGGAAUUCCGCAGUUGUCUCUGUUGCUUGUGCAUUUGGGGAGUUGUAUACUCUGUGAUGUUGAUGUAGUUGUGAAAUUUUCUUUUCCAUUACUGGAGGAGGAGGAGGAUUAUGUAAUCAGUGAAUCAACUUCAUUAUACUAAAAUUAGUGGUUAACAACCAACAGGCCAGUGGUACCGGCUUCUACUUUUCAAAGGGAAAGCCUCAGUUGAGGUAUAUGUGUGUGAAUACUUACUACUAUAUCAUGUGCGUGAAUACUUACUACUAUAUCAAUCUUUUUCACAUAAUUAU